AAUGUGUAUGUUUAUCUUUGUUUAUCUUUGUUGUCCAUGUUUUGACCUGUGUGUAUAUGCUGUGUAUUUACAUUGACAGAAACCUGAGUUACAUUAAAGCUGAUUCUGACUUUGAAACAUAAUUAAUCAUAGAAAUAAAAUCAAUGUAUUGCUGUAAGACUGAUUCAUAAGCUCUAAGCUCUGAUUCACACUCCUCACCAGCAGGUGUCGGUACAGCGCCGGAAACGCUUCCUGUCUGACCGCCGUUAAAACCACCAAAGAAGAAGAAGAAGAAGAAGUUUGUUUACCGCCAGUUCAAAAUGGAGCCGAACCCGGAGGAUCCUCCGUCACUAACGGCAGCGUUACUUUACUCCAUGCUGAGCCUGAAUGUCCCUCCGUCGGUCGGUAACCAGAUGUUCGAGCUGUACCGGGUCCAGACGGCCCUGCUGAGGCGGAGGAGGGUCCGGGAGAGGAUGGAGCAGGACCGGCGGCGGCGGCAGUACCUCCGGAGGAGGAGGGCGUUCAUUCUGUCCUCCAUCACCGCGAUACUGAGCCUCAUCACCGCCACCACCAACAGACACGUCUGGGUCCUGAACCGGAGCCCCGGGCAGACCUUCUGGUCUUCAGCCGAAUCGUUUGACGAUGAGGAGUGGAAGGCGCAGUUCCGUGUGUCCCGGGACACCUUUGACUACCUGCUGGAGCGGAUCGGACCGGCCAUCAAACGCCGCAGGACCAACUACCGGGUCCCGAUUGAGCCGCGCCGCAGACUGGCCAUCACCCUGUGGUGGUUCGCCCGGUCCGGGGAGUACCGCUCCAUCGCCAGCAUGUUCGGGGUGGGGAUAGCGACCGUGUGUGUCAUCGUGCGGCAGGUGAUCUCAGCCAUACUGGACCGGCUGUACCGGCGCGUCGUGUCGCUGCCGAGCGGACAGCGGCUGGAGGACACCAUCAGGGCCUUCAAGGAUCGCUGCUACCCGCAGUGUGCCGGGGCCAUCGGCGGGACUCACAUCCCCAUCGCCCCACCGAGGGACAACCCGGACGACUACCUGAACAGGAAGGGGUGGCACUCAGUGAUCCUGCAGGCUGUGGUGGACCACAACAUCUGUUUCACUGACGUGUAUGCUGGCUGGCCUGGAAGUACGAACAGCUCCACUGUGCUCUCCAGCUCAGACCUGUACUUGAAAGCAGAGGACCGCCCUGAUGGUUACUUGUUCCCCAGACAGAGGUCGGUCAUGUCUGAUGGAGUGGAGAUCCCCAUCCACCUGAUCGGUGAUGCGUCGUUCCCUCUAAAGCCGUGGCUCAUGAAGGGAUACUGCCAGGAACACCAGCUGUCUCCUGAGCAGCGUCGCUUCACCUACACCCUCAACUCUGCUCGCUCCGUGGUCGACACCGCAUUCACACGGCUGAAAGGACGCUGGAGGUGCCUGCUGAAAAAGAGUGACAUCGACGUCUCCAUGAUGCCCAGAGUUGUGGCCGCGUGCUGCGUUCUGCACAACAUCUGUGAAAUCAGAGGGGACAGUUUCCUCCCUGAGUGGAACUUUGAGAUUGCUCCUUCUGGUAAUUAUCUAAGACAGCCUGAAACAGAACCGUACGAAGGAGACACGUACUGCACUGCUGAGGUCAUCAGAGACAUUGUGACUUAUAACCUGUUGACGAUACUGCAGUACUGAAGGUGUGACUACAGCUCAGACAAAAGACUUGAUGUCAUUUAUCCAACACUGGUCACUUGAUUUAUUUUAAAAGCACUAGAUCUUCAGGGGAUCUGGGGUCAGUACAUAAAGCAACUUAGUCUGCCUCUUACUUGGUCACCUGUCUCCACUGAGUCUGACAUCAGUGACCCUGGAUAUUACCCGGUAUCAUGAAGCUGGGUAUUAACUUCAGACCUUCAUCAUCAGCACCAUGAAUCAAGCACUUACUAUGAUAUGAGAUAAAACAGUGAUACCUGCAGGAGAAUUCUGUUACAGCAACAGAAAACAAGUGAUACUCAGUGAGGUGAAAGCCCUGGUUUCACACCUCAAUGUCACAAACCAAACAGCACGGCUGUUUGUCAUGUUCACACAGAGUGAUCAGAAAACUUGGACAAAAUGAAACUGUGUUGAAAAUCUGUCAGUUACUGAUCAGCAUUAUGCACAUUUUGGGUCAUUUUAGAAUUCAUAAGCUAGGAUGGAUUUUUUUUAAAAAACGGAUGUUAAGCUACUUUUAUUGGGAAAAGCACAUUUGCCCCUGUUACAUUUACAUUACAUUGUAUGUUUUCUUAUUGUGCAAAUGAACCUUUCACAAAGUGUUGUCAUAUUUCUUGUUGCAGGCUACAUUUUUAUCAAAAUUAUUCUUUCAAAAAGUGGUGGGGACAGGGUGUCUGCAGGUCCUUUAAAAUGUCCUUUAAAUGUCUCAAAAUUUCUGAAAUUCAAUUUUAUAAAUAUUAGGCCUUUAAAGUCAUUAAAUAUUCUUAAAUUGUAAUUUGUGAGGUCUUAAUUGCCACAAACAUUUAUCUUAUUUAAUUAAUCCAUUUUAAUUUCUUUUGGUUAAAUGAGUCAAGCUUUUCUGUGUUUAAGUCCACAUUUAUGACACAAAUCCCUAUAAACCUACCACUGAACCUGAUACUGUCUUUUUACUUUGUACUUGCACUUAUCUGUUGGAAAAAAAAUGUAUUAACCUAACUCACUCUAAUAAUCACAUUGCUACAUAAAAUCUACCUCUGCACAGGACUUAUUUAUUUUUCACUUAUUUUAUUCAUUUAACAGUGACAGUGCACAGCUACUUAGCUGUACCAGAGUUAGCUAAAAGAUAAUUUUCAUCUGUAGUCCCUGGGCAGGAAAUAAUAGAGAAUAAUUUCUCUGCUUAAAGGCACUAUUAUAUAAAAAAAACACACAAUUACAAAAUAGAACAUUUUCUUUUAAAGAUAUUUUUUUGGGCAUUUUGCCUUUAAUCGAUAGGACAGGUUCCUAGCUGAGUGAAAUGACUUGGAGGUAUCUGAGUGUCCAUCGUGAUAAGAGCUAGUGGAAUUGUCUUUUUUUUAUGAUAUUUGUAUGAGCAUUUUUUGCCUUUAAUUGAUAGGAUAGUGAAGUGUGAAAGGGGGAGAGAGAGGGAGUGACAUGCAGCAAAGGGCCACAGGCUGGAGUUGAACCUGGGCCGCUGCGGCAACAGCCUUGUACAUGGGGCGCCUGCUUUAUCCACCAAGCCACCGACGCCCCAAAAUAGAACAUUUUCAUGACACAUGACACAUGGCUUCAGCAGUAAGACAACAGUUUAUGUGUAAUGGGUACAUGAUUGGGUUGAUUUUAGCCAUGAUUUCAUCUUGAAUUUAAAUUCAAUUGAAUUUGAAUCUUAUCUCACUUCAAAGCUGUCAAAGGUCAGUAGAUUGUGCCUUUGAAUGAUGUUACAGUGAUGAAAACAAAAUGUUAUUUUUGUCCAGUGCCUUGAGUGUUUUGUUUGUGAAGUAUUUGCAGUGGGGCAAGUGUUGUUUUUCCAGCUUGUGAUGAGCUUGUAAUGCAGUAUGAGAUAUGUGGAAAAAAAAUCAUUGAAUGCAUGUAUAUUUUUGCAGCAUCUAGGAGGAGCUGGUUUUGAAUUAACUUGAAGUUCUUUGUAGUAAUUCCUAGAUAUUUAGAGGCUCUAACUCUAUGCUGCUUGCUAGUAAAAGAAAAAGAUGUCCAAAAAGUCUUACAUUUGAUUUAAUCAAACAUCAAAUAUCCUGGACAGGUCUUAAAAAGCAUUAAAUUUAAGUGUCUGAUACCUGUUGACAUAUCCGCAGCGUCCCCUGUGUAAAUGAGACCCAUGAUUGUGAAUGCAGGAAUUUUACUCAUAAUCAAGUAUUCUUUAUAUUUAGAGCUACUGUUGCAGAAGCUAAAGAUUGUAAUUAUUUCUUCCACCGCUGUCUUUUAAUGUAG